UUUGAUUUCCAAGGAUCAGACUGAAGUAGAGCAGAAAUGGCGUCCACAAUUUCGCCAUCUAUGCUCCACUCUCUCUCAGUUCACUGUGCGCACACUUCGCACCGUGGCCAAUCCUUCAAGGCGUAUGCUAGCAAACCUGCUCCGGCGGUUUAUCUUUCGAACCGGAGGCAACUUCUGUUCUUUCUGACUACUUCGACAGCAUUGACGGUUACAGAGAAGAAGUCGAAUGCGGAGGAUAUUCCGUUGUUCGGUUUCAGGAAGAAGCUGAAGAAAGCGGAGGAGGAAGCUGUGGAGAUCGUGAAAGAAGGACUCGAGACGGCGGGGAAAGAGAUGUUUACGGUGGAGAAAGAGUUGAAGGCGGCUGAAAAGGGGAUUGAAAGUGCUGUUAGUUUUAGCGCGUUGGCUCAGGCGGGUACUGUGGCGGGAGCCGAGUUUCUCGGCGUUGUGGUGGCUACUUCCAUCGUUAAUGGAAUUUUGUCGGCUGAUGCCCCGAAAUCAUGAAUUUUCUUGUAUUUCAAAUUUUGUUUUUAUAUUAUUUUUGUGU